AUGGUGUUAGAAAAUUCCUUCGUACCAUCAUUGUAUGUAAUCAAAGGUAUUGUUAUUUUAGACAAUGAUGGAAAUCGUAUUUUAGCUAAAUAUUACAAUCAAUCGUUUUCGACAGUAAAAGAACAAAAAGACUUUGAAAAAUCUUUAUUUAAUAAAACGCAUAAAGGUGCUGGCGAUGUUAUUCUACUCGAUAAUUUAACUAUUGUCUAUCGAAAUAACGUUGACCUACUUUUUUAUGUUCUUGGUAGUACAAAUGAGAAUGAAUUAAUGUUAAACUCUGUUUUAACAUGUUUAUUUGAAUCAUUGAGUACAAUGUUAAGAAAAAAUGUCGAAAAAAAAGUUUUGUGUGAAAAUCUGGAUUUAAUUAUGCUUGCAGUUGAUGAAAUUUGUGAUGAAGGAAUUAUACUCGAAUCAGAUCCAAUGUUAAUUACACAACGUGUUCAACUACGUCUAGAUGAUAUUCCAUUAGGCGAACAGACUGUUUCACAGGUAAUCCAUCAGGCUAAAGAGCAAAUUAAAUGGUCAUUACUCAAAUGA